AUGGCUCAAGAUGAAUCGGCAGUAACCCUCACACUCUUUGAUUUCCGUAUCAAAUUCAAUACAGUACAUCAGCACCAUUUUGAUGAUCAAGACACCGACAACAAUUCCUUAACUUGUAAUUUUGGAAUGUUGAAACAAAAAUUACGAUCAAAGAAUAGGCUAGCCUUUUCCAACAAGUUUGAAUGGGAGGGAGAGAUUGAUUGUUCUCCCGAUAAAGAAAUAUAUGAUGUCAGAAUAUCGAGUACUUGUUCGUGUAUUUUAGCCUUGACUGAUUCGGCUUUUUUAGUGAUUGAUUAUUCGACACAUCAGAUCAGAACGAGGAUCAAGACUGAUUGUUUGUAUUUUACGAUUGAAGAGGAUUAUGAUGGUUUGGGAAAUGAUGCAUUAUUGACGAAUAGGAUGGGAGUGGUGAGCAAGUAUGAUUUGAAGAGGUUUAUUCAUGAGAAGGAAGAGUGUAAACCAUUGUGGAAUUAUUCUAUUCCAGAUCAUGGAGGAUUUAUUUGUGAUACGGUAAAUUGGAUGAAUUUAGAUGGAAGGCGUUUAGUUAUAGUUCUUUCCCAAACCCAUAUUCAUUUUAUAGACUCUGCAUUUGGAAUGGUAGCAGAUACUGGAAUUCCUCUGGAAAAUGAUAAUUUCGUUAGUGGAUGCAUUGAAGUGGAUCGUACGAAUAAGAAUGCAAUUUAUUUCUUGGCUGGUAGCCUUAACAGAUACGAGUACGUGAAUGGAGAUUGGAUUGGAAAACAACAUGAAAUUAGUUUGGGGACAACAGAUGGACUUUUUAUGGACAAGGUUUCAGGUAACCUCUAUUUCUCUGGAUUUCAAGGAGUCUAUGCAGUUAAGAAUACUGGAGAAUUUCUGGGAAAGCAUGAUGGAUCAUGUUCUGGAUUGUGUAUAGAUGACAAGUCAGGAUUAAUGUACGUUGGAUUUGGAAAUAUGCUCACAAUUUUGAGAUAG